AUGAUCCGGAACAGGGAACCAUUGCCUGUACCACCACCGUCACCCAGCGACAGCGACACUCUCCGAGUGUCAGAAAGUACUGCCAGCGACUCAACAUGUCUGGAACUAUCAAACGACAAUGACAUCCAGGAUGAGGGAAACAAGCGCAAGAAAGUCAUGUUUCACGCAGUCACUCUCGUAAUCGAUGCUGGACCCGAAAACGAUAUGUCACAAAAAUCUACUUCCGACGAAUCCAAGUUUCUGCGAACUGCUUUCAGCAGCUACGACUACGAAACAAAGGACGUUGCGGAGGAUCUUUCAGAUUCGGGUCCUGCUAGCCCUUCCGAUACUGGGGAGAAAACUGACGCUUCUAUUCGAAUCUUGAAAUUCCUGAUCACCACUGGAUCUUCCACCCAUACAUUUGAGUGCCCCGCGAUCCUGUCGAAGUGUAUAUCAGAAUUAUUUCCGCCGCUCGUGUCAAUCACUGAGACAAUCCCAACUGUAUCUCUUCUUCGUGCCGCGGCUUUGACGCCACUUGCGUCCACCAUCGAACAAAAAUCCUCCGAUUUGGGGAUGUUCGCCGACCAAGACAUCGCGCAGGGACAAUGUAUCCUCUCAGAGCGUCCUUGUCUGGUAAGUAUUUACUCGAUUCUUGACGGGAACCAUCGAGAGGAACUUGCCCAACUUUUCGAUAACCUAAACCCGGAAACGACCGAUGAGGCCAUUUCGUUGCUAUCACCCGAUGAUUCUGAAGAUUCUGUGUGGUACGAACAAAUAAUGCGCCGACAUUCAUUUGUUAUUCCUUUGUCGUCGUCCACUUUGGAGGGAUGCGAGGACGCUCUUAAGCAUAGAGGUUUGUUUCUCAAAUCGAGUAGAAUCCGCCACAGCUGCACCCCCAAUGCACGUUGGGGAUGGAAUACCAAAUCGUUUUCUCUUCGUGUCUUUGCACUACAACCUAUCUCUGAGGGGAUGGAAAUCACAGUGGCGAAGAUUAAGUUGGACACGCUUCAAGCCUCAGGAAGUCCCACCGGCUUCAAAUGCAUUUCUAAAGCAUGUGUCGGUCAUUGUGCUAAUUCACCAUUCCACCCCCACACCACGCAGCUCGAUAAACCCAAACAGACCACCAACCAUGAAGAGCGAACACAAUAUUCUUGCUGA